AUGGUUAUGGUCUUGAGCUACAUCAUUCACCCGCCCUCCACCAUCCUCUAUGGGGAAGACUCCUUCACCUCGAUCAGCCAAACAUCCUCGUCAAGAAUGCCUCAAAUCCAGGUCAUUGUCCCUUCGAUUCCUGGAUCUCAUGACAGAAACAACCGUCCAAUCCUGCGCUCUGUUGAACGAUCACCCAUCCAGCGACCCAUCGAGGCAUCCUCGUCGCCGUCCGGCCUCUGCACUUCCACGCGCAACCGCGCCUGUGUCCUCAGCGAGAGUGAGAUCAGUGUUCUUGAUCUGGGCCCUGGGCUUGCCCCUGGACAUAUGAGGAACUCGGAGUACGCGAGGCUUUUUGCAGAUACGACUGAGAAAGGACCAGAGAUGUCUUUCAUGCAUGCUCCGUUGCCCUGGACGGAGGUGCCUGUUCCUGAUGUCCUGCGUGAUCCUCUUCAGCGAGGCCGGGUCAAAGCUACGCCUGGUGGUCGGCCUCCUGCUCUCCGUUCCGAGGACUCUGACUCGGUCGCUGUCACCUCUGACAGCAUGUCCUUCAGCAACGAACACCCGCUUCGUCUUCGGGACCGUCGACACAACGACAUUCGUAUGGGUGCGCACGCAAAGAAAUCCCGUGCUACUCGGCACACAGGAUUCAUGGGGUAUGGAUAUGGAUAUGGAUAUGGCGGGUAUGGAGAGGACCACUUCUUCAUUCUGGCUGACGACGAGUUACACUGUGAGGCUCGUGCCCUCUUCGUCCGGCAGUCUUCCAGGCCGUCGCCUCCUUUAUGGCCUGCUGUUCAUCGCUCCAAGAGUUGGUUUGGUGGUAUGUACCCCGAGAUACCGGCUUUGCGUUAUGGCCUUCCCGUCCCUGUAAACCGGCAAGAGGAUGAGGAAUUGUUUUCUGGAGUGGUUCUGGAUGACGAGCUCAUUGAUGAUUCGGACGGCGGGUUUUAA